AUGGGCAUUGUUGAUGAAGUAGGAGGUGGCGUUACGCUCUUGAAGAAAGGCGAUCGAGUGGUCAUGCCGUUCAAUGUUGCUUGCGGGAGAUGCAUCAACUGUGAGGAGGGCCGGUCAGCGUUUUGUACCGUUGUGAAUCCAGGAUUCGCAGGAGGCGCUUAUGGUUAUGUAGCUAUGGGUCCUUACCCAGGAGGCCAGGCUGAAUAUGUCCGUGUACCGUUCGCCGACUUUAAUGCUCUAGUCCUCCCCCCGGGUACCGAACAUGAAGAGGAUUUUGCUCUCCUCGCGGAUAUCUUCCCGACGGGAUGGCAUGGCGUACAGCUCUCCGUCAGUAGCAACGUUCGCUCUCCCGAGAUCAGCUUAUACUCACGUUUUUGGGAUGACGCUCAGGGCUUCCGCCCAGGAGAGUCUGUUGUCGUCUUUGGAGCCGGUCCUGUAGGUCUCAUGGCAGCGUACUCUGCCAUUAUCCGUGGCGCUUCGGACAUUUUUGUUGUAGACCGUGUGCCGGAACGUCUGCAAAAGGCCAAAGAAAUCGGUGCCACCCCAAUCGACUUUUCCGCCAGCGAUCCAGUGGAACAAAUUCUCAAGUUAAGGGGAGGUAAAGAAGUCGAUCGAGGGGUAGAUGCGGUCGGAUACCAGGCGGUCACUAGCGACGGUAAGACUGAACAACCAAACGUGGUGCUCGAGUCCCUCAUCAGGGUCGUACGACCAACUGGUGGACUUGGAGUUCCUGGACUGUAUGUGCCCAGUGAUCCUGGGGCACCCGAUUCAGCAGCAGCCAAGGGAUACAUUUCGUUCCCUUUCGGCAAAUUAUUCGAGAAAGGACUCAGUCUUGGAACCGGGCAGUGUAAUGUCAAGGCAUACAACCGGUACCUGCGAGACCUCAUCAUUGCCGGACGUGCUAAACCUUCAUUUGUCGUAUCACAUAAUCUAACCCUCGAUGCUGCAGUGGAGGCUUAUGAGAAAUUUGACAAGAGGAUCGACGGAUAUACCAAGGUUUUGUUGCACCCUUGA